CGCUGUCAAAUCCUGGAUCGAGCCCUUGCCUGCCGUCUAGAGCCUCGCUUCGCCGCACGGCACAAAAAGGGGAGCGCCAGCCCGCCCAGCCGCGCUGCCCUCCUCCCCUCCACACGUCUCUCUGCCCCUCCCACCCCCACCCCCACCCCCACCCCCAUCCUCACCCCCGCCGCCGACGCAGCUCGUCCCUCCUCCCUCGUCCCCUCUUCUCCCGCCAAUCCCCGCGCUUCCCCGGCCCGCCCCUGCCCUACGCGCUCGGCGCCGCCCCGACCUUCCCUGCUCUGCGCAGCGCAGGUGGUUGAUUGAUUCAUGGCCGCCAGCGUGCGGGAAGGUGCGGCGGCGGCGGCUGCGGGGCACGUGGUGGACGAUUACGAUGUCUCGGACGGCGAGAUGGACGUGGACGUCGAGGCCGGCAGCGAGCUCCAGCACGCCGGCGGGGCCGGCGAUGGCGACCGGAGGGACGGCGAGGGCGACGACGAGUACGCGCUGCUCACUAGGAUAACUGACACAUCAGCAGCUGAAGCAAGGGCAGGAAAGGAUAUACAAGGUAUACCAUGGGAGAGGUUACAAAUCACCAGGCAGGAUUACAGAAAAGCUAGGUUGGAACAGUACAAGAACUAUGAGAACUUCCCUCAGUCCGGAGAGCUCAUGGAUAAGUUGUGCAAGCAAGUGGAGAGCAGCAGCAAGUACUAUGAAUUUCAAUACAACACUCGGAUAGUGAAACCCUCAAUUCUCCAUUUUCAGCUUCGGAAUUUGUUAUGGGCAACUUCAAAGCAUGAUGUUUAUUUCAUGUCGAAUUCCACAGUAGGCCACUGGUCGUCAUUGUCUCACAAAAUGACAGAUGUUCUUGAUUUCUCAGGGCAUGUUGCUCCAGCAAAGAAACACCCUGGCUGUGCACUAGAAGGGUUUACUGGCGUUCAAGUUAGCACACUUGCAGUAAAUGAGGGUUUAUUGGUCGCUGGUGGUUUUCAAGGAGAACUAGUUUGCAAGAGUCUAGGAGAACGUGAUGUUAAGUUCUGCACAAGGACUACUUUGAGCGACAAUGCUAUCACAAAUGCUAUGGAUAUACACAGAUCUACAAGUGGAAGCUUGCGCAUUACGGUAUCGAAUAAUGAUUCUGGUGUUCGUGAAUUCGACAUGGAAAGAUUUCAGCUCUUGAAUCACUUCCGUUUUAACUGGCCAGUGAAUCACACAUCCGUGAGCCCGGACAAGAAACUUUUGGCAGUAGUUGGAGAUGACCGGGACGCUCUUCUUGUUGAUUCACGAAAUGGCAAGGUAACUUCUACCUUAGUUGGCCAUCUGGACUACUCAUUUGCCUCAGCGUGGCACCCGGAUGGUGUCACCUUCGCAACCGGGAACCAGGACAAGACCUGCCGGGUCUGGGACAUCCGGAACCCAUCGACCUCCCUCGCGGUCCUGAGGGGCAACAUCGGCGCGAUCCGGUGCAUCCGCUACUCCUCGGACGGGCGGUUCCUUCUCUUCUCCGAGCCCGCCGACUUUGUGCACGUCUACAGCGCCGCCGAGUGCUACCGUAAGCGGCAGGAGAUCGACUUCUUCGGCGAGAUCUCGGGGAUCUCGCUCAGCCCGGAUGACGAGUCCCUGUUUGUGGGGGUGUGCGACCGCGUCUACGCCAGCCUGCUGAAUUACAGGAUGGUACACGCCAACGGGUACCUGGACUCGUACAUGUAGAGGAAUAAAACCUUUGUGUUUGAUGUGAAAGAAAGAGCGCCAGAACUGCUGAAAAUUUGAAGAUCUCGCUCGGCCCGGGCGACGAGCCCCUGUCGUUCGAGGGGGCGAGAUAUGUCAGCGUGCUCCAUUACAGGAUAGUCCAGGUGUGCCUUCGGGCACCUGGACUCUGUACAUGUAGAGAAAGAAAGCUUGGUGCUAAGUUUAGUGUGUUCGUGUAAAGGAAGAGCGGAAUUGCUUAAAAUCUGCCGAACAGUAACUUUUAAGGAGAUCAGUAUGGAAUUUAUACCAACUUCACUUUCCGAACGCAAA